CUGGCUGGACGGCUGGAAGAACUCGGAUUUGCUUUCUUGCUGCUUUGCUUAUUAGAAAUAUGAAGUAGAAGAAAGUGGAAGAAAGUUAUUGCCAAUCUUCCUGGCUUGGACACAUCGGGCUAGCGAUUGGAAUAUAGUUUAGUAGAAUAGAAGGAGUAAGUACGUAAACUUGGAAGCUUCUAUAAGUGGUGACCUUGACAAAUAACUCCUCCGAAGUGGCCACCAGUCAGAUGUAGAAGCGAGUUUGAGAUAUCGUAGAAAGAGAGAUCCUCCUCUGUGGUGAUUAUCGGAUAAUCAUUAUCCUGUUUCCAACAUGCCGUCGGAUUUGUGGUGUUUAAUCUUUCUAAGCGUCGGUGCUUAUUUCGUCACAUGCAGACUUAUUGCAAAGUUUCGUGAUGUUUUCGUUCGGGCCAAUCUCUUUGGAAUUGAUCUGUGCAAAUCUACCGGAGCGGAAGUACCGGAAGCAGUUGGAGUUUUGUGCGGAUGUGUGUAUCUUGUAUGCAUGUUUCUGUUCAUCCCAGCGAGAUUUGGACAAGAUUUCAUUCAACAAAAGGAAAAUUUUCCCCAUCACGAGUUGGUGGAAUAUAUAACAGCAUUACUUGGAGUGACGUGCAUAUUGCUUCUUGGAUUUGCUGAUGAUGUCUUGGACGUUCCGUGGAGAGUUAAACUCCUACUUCCGGCAAUUGCAGCGCUUCCAAUCCUUCUAGUCUACUAUGCAACGUUUGACACAACGUUCGUAAUGGUCCCCAAGCCCUUGCAUCCUGUACUCGGACAAUCACUAGAUUUAGGGUGGGGGUACUAUCUCUAUAUGGGAAUGGUUGUGGUAUUUUCCACAAAUGCCAUAAACAUAUUGGCUGGGAUCAAUGGAUUAGAGUGCGGCCAGUCAGUUGUGAUUGCCAUCUCAGUUUUAAUUUUUAAUUCUGUGGAAGUCUUCAUGGGCGAAGUUUCGACACAUCCACACAUGUUCUCCAUUCACCUACUGCUGCCGUUCAUUGCCACGUCAGCCGCCCUUUUGCGCUAUAAUUGGUAUCCUGCUCAAGUUUUCGUUGGUGAUACUUUUUGCUACUUCUCAGGAAUGCUUUUUGCAACUGUGGGGAUUCUUGGGCACUUUAGCAAAACUCUGCUUUUGUUUUUUAUACCUCAGGUUAUAAAUUUUGUAUACUCAGUUCCUCAAGUCUUCCGUUUCGUUCCAUGUCCUCGACAUCGCCUGCCAAGAUACAACAAGGUGACAAAUAAUAUUGAGAUGAGCACCGUGAGGUUCAAAGAAAGCGACUUGAAGUUCCUUGGUCGGGCAUCUGUGAGUAUUCUAGAGUCUUUGGGCUUGCUUGCAGUCACCAGAAAUCUGGGAGAAAAUAAAGAUUUUAUCGAAUGUAACAAUUUCACUUUGGUGAAUUUAGUCUUGAAAUUUUUUGGCCCGAUGCACGAGCAAAGCACAACUAUCAUCAUCUUAUUGAUUCAACUCCUUUGUAGUUGUGUUGCUUUUGCCAUAAGAUAUCCUCUGGCCCGUCUAUUUUAUGAUGUUUGAUGAUGAUCGUGAUGAUAGCACCUGUGAAUAUCUAAUCGGAAACUCCUGCUUGCGUCGCAUACCAAUUGCUCUACCGCUGGGAUACACGUUAAUUUUUAGAUAGGCUUUAGUGAACCAAUAUCAAUUCGUAAUUUUGUUAAUGUAUUUUAUUGUGAAGUUUUUUUCUGACUACUUUGUUUUAAUUUUGUGUCCACUACCCUGUACAAUCAAUCGUGUAUAAUGAUGUUUACAUGAUCCUUUAUUAUUAGUGAUAUUCUGUAGAGUUGUUAUUGUGAUGCAAUUUGAGCUUUUCAAAUGCCUCUUUUCUGCUGCAAAUGCAGUUGACCUAAUGAUAAUACAUCACAAGCUUGUACCUGCUAUUUAGACCAUAUAUUUAUAUAAUGAAUGAUGCGACCAAUAAGUCACUUUCACCGAAACAACCACGGAAAACCCUUUUCUUUUGCACUUACAUAUGAAUACCAAGACUGAGCACAUUUAUUUCAAAUUAGUCCGAAAGUGGUAUUUACUGUUACCCACCCAAAGAAAUCCCAAAAAAUUAUACGUAACAUGUAUGAACUUACUUGUGUGUAUGACAAUGUUGUUUGAAUUGAAUAAUAGUUAUAUAUAUAUAUGUAUGUAUGUAUGUAUGUAAAUUAUUAUCAUAGAAUUAGUGGAGCUCAACCUGGCCCUUUGCUGCUAAACUAACUGCCAUUUAAGGACGAAUAAAUAAUAGCAAUAAUAAAUA